AUGCGUUUCACCACCGCCCUCACUGCUGGCCUUAUGGCCAGCUCUGCCGCCGCAAAGCCGCUGAACGUCAUCAAGGCCACCGAGUCUUUGAUCGACUCGCUCAAGGAGGAUGUCAUCAGCUGGGCCGAAUACGUCGAGUCCGAGGUCAAGAACCUGACCUCGAAGCCGGCCACCUACAGCCGCACCAACCUCUGGUCGACGCCACCGUCAAAUGAGUACCUCAACUGGACGACGUUCAAGGCCAACGGUGUCAACCUGGGCAACUGGCUGCUACUGGAGUACUCGAGCGACCAGACCUGGUGGAACGAGCAGGUCCCGUCGACGGUCGAGAAGGACGAGUGGAGCUUCUGCGAGUACCUCGGCUCCAAGUGCGGCCCUCUCCUGGAGAAGCACUACGCCAGCUACUAUAAGUUUGCCGACAUCGACAAGCUGGCCAAGGUCGGCGUGAACCUUCUGCGGGUCCCUAUGACGUACCAGGCCUGGGUCGACGUGCCGGGCUCGCAGCUGUACCACGGCUCGCAGCUUUUCUGGUUCAAGCUGAUCACCGACUACGCCAUUGAGCGCUACGGCAUGCACAUUGUCAUCGACCUGCACUCUCUCCCCGGCGGCUGCAACGGUCUGGACAACGGUGAGGCCCUCGGCCACUACAAUUGGUGGUUCAACCAGACCAACAUGGACUACACCCUCCAGAUGGUUGAGAAGGCUAUCAACUACAUCGAGCUCAGCGGCCACCCCCACGCCUACUCGCUCUCGCUCAUCAACGAGGCCAUCACGGACUACGACAAGAUUGGCACCAACGAGACCGUCUCCACUGCCGGUGUUGAUUACAUGCUCACGUACCUGAACUCGUCUCUGGAGAUCAUCCACAAGGUCAACAAGAACGUGCCGAUCAUGUGGCAGGACAGCUGGAUGGGCGAGGAGUUCUGGUCUUCUCUGCUUCCCACCGAUGCCAACAUUGUUCUGGACCUGCACAUCUACUUCUUUAGCAACCUGUUCUCGGAUGCUUACUCCAAGUACUUCACCUACUCGGUCUGCGGUGCCGGGGACUACUUUGCUGGUGACAAGAAGAUCCCCGUCUUUGUCGGCGAGUGGAGCGAUGAGAUCCUGUACAACAACUCUCUCGCCGACCGCAAGACCAACUUUGACACUCAGCGGUAUGCCUACGCCCUGUGGGGCUCCGGCAGUGCCUUCUGGAGCGGCAAGCAGUACGGUGUCGAGAACGUGAGCGGCGAGGGCAUCCGCAGCGACUACUGGUGCUACGAGUGCAUGCUCGAGGACGGUGUCAUCACUACGGCCACUACUGAGUCUUACUGCUAG